CAUCAAAAAUAGCCUCUGAAGACGAUCUAAACGCAAGUUUACGGAGCUCAUCGGCCACAUCGGCUGUGUGCCUCGCUUGGGGAAAUUAAUAAUGUUUACACCUUGCGAAUAAAUUUUCCGCGUGCUAGUGUUCGUUCGCUCAUUUGUUAUUCCGAAAGAUGGUUCACAUUAUUGCGGCGCUGUUAUGAUACAGUAUUGGGGACAUCGACGGGCGCUGUCAACGAACUAGACGUUCGAAGAUCCUCCAUCUUUGGUAGCGGAAGUAGCGGCGGAUGUCCCGGCAAUGGAUAAUCCGUCCUACUUCGCCUUCUCGGACAAAGAUGUCACGGACAACGCCAGUCCUAACGCUUCUGGACCUGAACAGUAUUCCCGCUCAGCUCCCGCUAGAGCCUGGGCGGAUGGCGGUAGACCCUUGAGCUCCCCGCGCAGGAGGGAACCAGAAAGCCCUAGAAGAAAAGAAUUCCGGGCCCUUUUGAGGUCGCUGUCAGCAAAGGAACCUGAACAAGCAGAAGCGUUUCUGAAGGGUCAGCCGAGGCCUGGCGAUUGUGCGCCUGGUGACAUGAGGACAACAUUUACUGCACCGCGUAUUAAGAAAGGCAAAAUUAGUACAAAACUGAUGACUUCUGAUGGUGCUAAGGAGCACGAGGAAGUAUUCUAUACAAUACCCUUACAAGGGCGAAGACGACAUUCAGUUGGAGGGUACUUGACCACAGGGUCGGCGGGAACGGGAGAAGUCACCAGUGUACCCAGCGAAGUUCCCAAGAUGCCACCACCGCGGUUUAAUCAAACUGAAGAAGAAACUGUUAAAAGGAGGCGACCAAAGAAUUUUGCAUUUAAAGAGAUGGAAGAUAUUGCAAUUUUGUGGAGUUCCGCAUCACCUGAAAGCGGGCUAUGGUCAGAUUAUCUAGUAGCAAGCUUCGAUAAGAUCAUGUCCCAGCGAGCUAGACAUCACUACCGAGUUACACCAAUAACUGCGGAGGAACUAAUGGCUGCAGACUCCCAGGAGAAAUUAGACAAACUUUGCAAAGCUCAACUACAAAUAGUGAUAUUAUGCCCUAGUCUCACUACCAAAAUGUCCGAAUUAAAGAAAGAUCUGAAUUCUGAGAAUUUAUUCAAAGUCGAUAAAGUGUUAGUCAUGCUUCUUGGCGUGGAAAAGAAUCAUGUUGUUGCUAAUAAUUGUGAAGAUUAUCCAACAAUAGAUCAAUGGCAGAUGAUGUGUGUCCGAGAAAAGGACACCUCAUUCGUGGAUACCUUCUUGACAGCUGCCGUUGGUAUCCUGCGUACUAAAGACUGCAGAGAUACAGCUACGGACCGAACCAGCUUCUCCAUAGUGCCAAAAAAAGUUAAAAUUGGUCAAAGUCGAGUGAUAGCGCUUCUCAACGAUCCCAUUAGGGAAGAAGACAGUAUAAAGAUAAUGGUUGACAAAAAAGGAGAGGUCAUUCACAUACCUACGUUCAAAAAGAGGAAUCCGUAUACCUUACAAUUUGAUAUACCAGAUUCAUGUUUGGAAGUUUCGAUGUUAGUUUGGGUGCGAGUUAGCAAGAACGGCCAGUCGUUGGGAAGGAGGCAAAUUAAGUGCGAGAGUCGACUGAGAGAGUUGGACCAACUGUUGAGAGCUUCUGACCAUCCUUUAGAAUUUAUGUGCCAGACCUUAGGAUUUAAGACUACUAGUAAGGAACAAUUAGAUAGUUGGAUGCUAAACGCAUUCCAGAAAAAUAUUCCUCCACACUUUAACUUGCUCUCGUCAACGGAGCAGUACAACCCGAAGGCUGACAUGUCGAGCGGAGAGGAGUAUCCCACUCUACUGCACUGGGCGGCGCGCUUCGGUCUGGAGCGCGUGUGCUGGCAGCUGCUGGAGUGCCCGGGCGGCGGCGCGGCCGUGGCGCUGCGCAACGCGCGCCACCGCACGCCGGCCGACCUGGCGCGCGACCACAAGCACCACCGCCUCGCGGACAUGCUGGCCGACCAUCUCAAAAUCAAUGAGUUCUCCAACAUGUAUUACUAUUUGAAAAACAUGUCCGACAAUGAUAAAGAAGACGGUCAGGAGGAUGACACGCAUCAAGAAGAGCUUUGCAUAGUUGAAACGACCGACACCGUAGAUUCCCCAAACAUUGAAAAUAUUAAGGAUUCAGAAAGCGAAGUUUUAACUGAUCCAUUCAGCGAAGCUUGCACUCAGAAUUUAGAAGAAACUCUAGCUAAGAAAGAAGAGAAAAAACCGAGACCUAAUUUGAAACUGCCGAAGGUAAAGGAACAGUUCUAUCAAAACGACUUUGCACUACACGCCCAAUUCGACGACACAGCAGAUCGAAUCCAACAAGCUAUCGAACACGAUUACCUUGUACAACCCUCGAAUAUAAAGGUAGAGAGCCCGAAAUUCAGACCAAAUAAUCUAUACGCUAAUAGUUCGAGAUUGCUACCACAGCAAUCAGAUAUAUUCCUUUAUUCUCCCACCGAAGAGUCAAAGACUUUUAAUAUUGACACUCCAACUAGUGAUAUUAGUCAAGUAAAUUUAAACGCCAAAGACAGCCGCCAUAGCGGAAGCGUUAAGUCUGGUAAAGAUGCAACGGGACAGGAAGAGUUAGCAGAAAUAAUAAAUGACUUCAAAAAUAAUGUAUUUACGAUAUCUGAAGUCGAAAAAUUAGUGAUGGAGUGGAAAAAUAGAAACGAAACGCAGCAAUCACUCAAAGAGAAACAGGAGCAAUUGAACAAGAUGCGUGAGGAGUAUGACAAAAUUCAGCAGAAAAUAAAAGAUAAACUAAAAAGGCCGACACCUUUUGAAAGAGUGAAGAAAAUGUUUUCGAAAAGUAAAAGCAAACACAAUGAUAACACGGGCACAAUUGAGAAAAGAAACGGGAAUACAAGACCAAACAGUAGUUUGAGUGACAGCUCAUCUUCUUCCGGUCGACUCAGUACAGUAAGCGGUGGAAGCGUCGGAGAAACAAACAGCGUCCAAUCGGAAUUAGAUGAUAAAGCUAGAUCAAUAAUAUCCGCGAGCACUUUGACAAUGAAUUCGUGCGACAGCGACAAUCGCCUUGACGACUACUUGAUCCCGCCGCCGCCGCGACCCCUCAACGGAUGUCCUCAAUUUACCACAUUUGGACAUCCGAAACACGAAAAUAGAGCCCAACACAUGGCAACGAUAGUCGAGAGAGAAGCCUCAGCGUCAAGAGAACGAUUGGACUGCGAUUCAGAUACGCACCUUCGAUUGAACUUUGUCCCGCGCGACAGAUCUGUCGCCAGCCGCUGCGACGAUCGCGACGGCGCGCACAUGUACAUGAAUAUUUCUGCUACGCACACAUAGGCCAAAUUGAAAAGUGCCAUUGCCUGCAACAAUUUAAUAAAUAAUUAAUCCACAAUCAAAACAUAGUAAGUGAGCAAGGAAAUAGUAUUUCGCAUCUUAUGCUUACCUUAUGUGAAUAUAAAUUCCAUUUUAUAAAUUUAGGAAAAUAGGUUUUUGGAGGCUAGCAACAAUUGUUUCCGAGGUCUGUUCAAAUGAUUGUAAUAUUAUAUUAUUAUCAAUUCCUUGAACAAUGUUUGCCUGCCUAGCUUUAACAUAAUUUUUACACACGUAUUUUAAAAAUGAAUAUUUGUCAGUUCGCCCGUUCGUUAUCUAUGUGUUCGCGCAAACAUCUGAUUGAGUCCAAACUUUAUGCAGUUGUUGUCGGCACUUGCGUGAAUAUUUCUGACAUAGUACCGUUAAUGUAUAGUAAGUAGCGCGCGAGUCGCAUUACUACGCAUGCUGGGCAUGGCUACAUAGAACUGUUGCGGGGUGUAAUGCACCUUUUGGCACCUUCGAGCGGGCUUUAAAAGAUGGCGGCCCAGUACGAGGGUUGGGUGUUUAUAAUAAUUUAAUAUUGUUAUGAGCCUUAGAAUAAUUAUUCUAAUUAUCAAUGUGACGCCAAUCAGUCAUAUUUAGCGACAAUACUAGUUUGAUAAAUAACAUUAUGGAUUGCAUGCUUCCAAUAGCGGUAUUGCAAGAGUCAUAGAUUGAGUCACCGAUAUAUACCGUAAGUUAUUAUCUAGUCUUUUGUAAACGUCAUUAGAACCGUUAAUACAACUUACCAAUACAAGCCUUUUUACCAUAUAUUAUUGUAUACCAAAAAUGUUAAUUCUCAAACCUUCCUACAAUUUGCAUGUUGAGUAAGCCUUUUGUAUUUUGUAUUCAAAUUAAAAUUAACAUUCGAAUAAUUAUAAAGACUGAAAAUCAUUCUUGAAAUCAAUAAUACUAUGUAAAUAUUUGUACAUAUUUUUAGAUAAUUUUUAAGCAUUUCUAUUUAUUUUACAAAAUUUUCUUGUUUAUUAUUAAAAAUAUAAAAUCAUUCAAAAAUUUAGGUUUUAAUUUUUAUUUAGUAUCGAAUAGGAAAAUGUCUAUUUUCUGAAAAAAUCUUGGAGAUGGAAAAUAUGAAAUGAAACCAAGAUUUACGUAAUGUUUGCUAUAUUAACUUUCCCGAAAUGCAUUUACAUUAUACACAUACAAAUAAAAAGUAAAAUCAAGUGGUUGUUUUCUUUAUUGCAUACCAACCCCUCCUCUGCAUAUUUGCAUACAAUAAUAUGAAAUAAACUUCUAUUUAUUACAACUUAUAACCAGAACCACAUUAAGCCAGGUUGUAGCUUUUAGACCGAAGGCACAUUGCGGCAGAGUCGAAGCGACGCGAUCCGUCUUUUCUAAAAGUAAAAUUGAACUUUAACUCCACUGUAAUGUACAAAUUAGAGUGGAGCAAAUACUUCUCGCACAGGGUCUAGCCACGACUCGCGUCAUGACGCGACGCCUUGUUGGACGCCGCGCUGCUCAAAUUCAUCAAUGUGCCUUGAGCCUUAUUAAUAUAGAUUUUUGUAGCAAAUUAGGUAAUCAAUAUAAAAAUAUAGUCUUUGGCAUACUAUAACUCACCAUAUCAUUGAUAUUAACUUGAUAAGUAUAAUAAAUUAUGUUUCGAUGCAAACCAAGUUCACCAAUUUCAUUUAUAUGUAUUACAUAUAAAUGAAAUAUUAUUGUAUAUAAAUAAAAAUUAAAAGCAUUUUGGUAUAGCACUUCGUGCCUAUUACAUUAAAUACUAUUAAGUUAAUUGUGCUAUACAAUAAUCAUUAAGUUAUGAUCAUAUCAUGCAAAAUCAUAUCAAGCACAGAAUUUAGUUGAUUUUUGUACCCGAUAUAUUAAGUACCGAUUUGUGUACCGCCAGAUGCGCCUAGUGUAAAAACACUGUUCAUAACAACACAUUCUAUGAAAAUUAUCACUAAAAAAAUGUAAAAAAAUGCAAUUAGCAUGACAAAAGAUUAAGUAUGACUAUUAGACGAUUUUAUAAAUUAAAAACCUAAAAUAUUAUUGCCAUUAUCUAUUAACUAAGUACCUAAUUUUUAUAAUCCACCUUGUAGAUUCGAAUACUGACAAUUAAAAAUACAAAAUGAAUAAAUAGCAUUCAUAAUCCUUUCAACAAUUUCAUUAGUUUUUUAUACAUCCUCAUCUUAUAAGCAAAAUAUAAUAUAAUUAUUUCAUUACAAGUUAAGACUUUAUCAAUUCGAUUUUGAUUAUAUUUAUAUACAAAUAAUUCAAAGUUCAAACGGAAAUUGAGAACUAAAACCUUAUAAUAAUAUUAGUACAAUACUACCACUUUUAUAAGUCGCAUCAGCAAAUUUCACUUGCGCAGAAAAGCGCAACCUAACGUAGACUAAAACCUAAUGUAUAGUCCAUUCAAAAUGAGAACUCACUCGCCAUUUUAACGCUAUGUGUCAACUAUCGUGUCAAAAGUACGAUUUUAGUUCUUAUUUUAAAUGUGAACCGUACUUUUGACAUGACAGUUGACAUAUAGUCGAGUUAAAAUGGCGAGUGAGAUCUCAAAAUGUACGCAUUAUACACCAAUAAAAUACAGACCUUAUAAUUUAAAAGUAAAGUAAAAUAUUCUUUCUUGCAAACCAAAUUUUCAUUAUGGCCCGACGACGUUAGGAUUUUAAACGCAAGAAAAACAGAGACUCGUAUUAUCUCGCUCAUAAUUCGCACGUACAAAACAUGGCGCGUAGGCAACAACCAAUAGCAAACGAACGUCGCUAUGAUUGGUUGAGAUAUUUUUGCGUCAAUGAAAAAUAAGAUUUCUGCGCAGGUGCAUCGGCGUAACAUAUAAAAGUGGUACAUACGUUUACAAUAAUUAUUAUUUCAGGGACGUAAUAUUUUGUUAUUUUUCGUCAAAUGUUCACUCAAAAAUUACGCCGUCCUUUACGACAAAUUAAGAAUGACUACACUAUAAAUCUGUUAUUCGUUAUGAAACAACGAACAGCAGAUUAUUAAACACAAACAAAAAUAGCUGGAUGCUAAAUCAAAAAUGCACAGGAUAUUAAAUCACAUUAGUAUACGGAUAUUGAUACAUACUAGUAUUAAUAAAGAACAAUACCUAAUCAGGGCCUUAUUCGCUGUUUAAAAUACACAUGAUUCGCAAUCUAUGACGUCCAACUUAACAGCUCUUAUAUUAUUAUACUCUUUGCAGCUCUUCUGAGAACGUAUCUUUUACGUCACAAACUCAUUUCCUGUAUAAUAUCGCGACACGCUAUCAAAUACGAGAAUCAUGACUACCAUAAAAGUUCACAGCUAUGCAGUAUGACAAUCGUAAUCACCUCUGAUUGGUUAAUUCAGGACUUCCCGACUGAUUGUUGAGACCUCCCUGCCACAGUGGUGAGUGCUACGGUUUUAACACUGGGAGGUCCUAGAUUUGAUUCCUAGCAGGAGUGAUUUGGGAAUUCAUUUUUAAUUGCAUCUGCUUUAGUCUGGGCUUCAGCCGUGGCUAAUCAUCAGUCUACUGGCAAAGCCGUGCCGUCAAACGAUUUAGCGUUCCAGUACGAUAACAUGUAGAAAACGAUAAGAGGAUUGCUAUUAUACGCCUCCCAAGUUAGCCCGCUUCCAUCUCAGACUAGUGACUACAUCAUCCCUUAACGUGAGAUCGCAGUCGAGGGCUAAUAAUAAUUUUUAAUGGAAUAAAAGAACUCUCUCACUUUUUGUAUUGGCUAAAAAAUGCAUUGCUGUAGCAAUAAUACAAUAAAUACAGCCAAUCACAACAAAUGAAAUGAGUUAACUGAUGAGCUGACAAGCUCUUACUAUGCGCCAAAAUGUACGGUCGGCCUGAGAAUUCGAAUAGCAAUUCCGCGAAACCAUUGCGUCAAAAAUCUGUCGCAUUUAUGACCUUUUUCUAUAAACACGCCACACACACCUAACACAUGUGCAUAACCAUACCACGCGAAUAUGAUCAUUAAGGUGCUAAACGACUUACGCCUUGGACUGUACAGUCACAUCAAAAAUACAAUAAAUUAAAUAUGAAAAUAAUUGCGAUUGUAUCGCAAUGUGAUAAUAUCAAGUUUCAUGUUAGUUCACCAAUUUAAAUGUAGGAUACUGAAUAGCA